AUGCCCUCCGACCCGGCGGCGGCUGCGGCGACAGAGCCAGCACCCUCCUCAAUUCUCAUCAUCGGCUCCGGCGUCUUCGGCCUGACCACAGCCUACGAGCUCGCCCAGCGCCCACGCUACGCCUCCACAAAGAUUACAGUCCUCGACCGCUCUCCGAUCCCCGGCCCCAGCGAGGACGCCGCCUCCGUCGACUCCUCCCGCAUCAUCCGCGCAGACUACGCCGACCCGGCCUACGCGACCCUCGCCGCCGAGGCCCAGACAGAAUGGCGCAAGACCUCCCACCCCUCUGACCUCGGCGCGGAGGGCCGCUACAGCCAGUCCGGCCUCUGCCUCGUCGCCGACCCUGUCGCCACAGCCUCGACAUCGUACUUUUCCUCCUCCUCCGCUUCAGCAGCAAAGACCAACGCCGACGCCAAGCAAAAGGCCAAAAAGACCUCGCUCGAAUACGUCCGUGAAAGCUACAACAAUGUCGUCUCUCUGGCAGGCAAGGAUGGCGACAAGAUCAUCAAGGAGCUGCCCACCCCCACAGCCAUCAAGGACUACCUCGGCACCCCCGAGGCCCCCGGCACAUGGGGCUACAUCAACCCGCUGGCAGGCUGGGCCGACGCCGGCGCCUCAAUGUCCUACCUCGCGCGCAAAGUCGUGGCCCUCGAUCGCGUCACCUUCGUCUCGGGCGUCGCAACCCGCCUGAACUACACACCCGACAAGUCAACCGUCACAGGCGCAACCCUCCAAGACGGCUCCGUCCUCUCCGCCGACCUCGUCGUCGUCGCAGCCGGCGCCUGGACCGGCGCCCUUGUCGACCUCUCCGGCCAGGCCAUCGCCACAGGCCAGGCCGUAGGCUACAUCGACAUCACCCCCGACGAGCUCGAGGUCCUCCGCAAGAUGCCCGUCACCCUCAACUUCAGCACCGGCCUCUUCAUGAUCCCCCCCUCGGGCCUGCAACUCAAAGUCGCCCGCCACGCCUUCGGCUACCUCAACCCGACCGCCAUCCCCCACCCCUCGCCCCAAACCCCGCCCUCGACAAAGUCAACAGUCUCCCUCCCGGCAACCCACCUCACCGACCCGAACCUCAAAUUCCCCGCCGAAGGCGUCGCCGCCCUCCGCAAAGCAGUCCGCACCAUCGUGCCCAUCCCCGCCAUCCACGACCGCCCCUUUGUCCACACCCGCCUGUGCUGGUACACCGACACCCAGACGGGCGACUUCCUCGUCUGCCACCACCCCACCGCCCGCAACCUCUUCGUCGCCACCGGCGGCAGCGGCCACGGCUUCAAGUUCUUGCCCGUGCUCGGUCGCGAAAUCGUAAACGUGCUCGAGGGCCGCGGCGACGAGGUCUUUACCGAGAAGUGGCGGUGGAGGGAGGUCAAGAGCAAGGCGGACGUGACGGAUUUGUACGAGCACAUCAUGACGGAGGACGGUAGCCGAGGAGGCAUACCUGGUCUCUUGCUGAAGCAGGAGCAAGCCAAGUUGUAG